GUGUCAAAGUUUAAAAGUGUUGAAACCUUUUACAAAAUCGAUAAACACUUUUCCUUCCAUUUAAUUAAUUGCAGAUCCUUGGCAAGACUUGGAAGAUGGCGGUGGCAAAGGUGGCUAUAAGAGAUUAACUGAUUAUAAAAAAUCUCAUCGUCACUUGAAAGUGCUGCUGGCUAUUGGUGGAUGGAAUGAAGGAAGCUUCAACUACUCAGAGCUUGCUGGUCAUCCCGACAAACGACAACGUUUUGUUAAGCAAUCAUCAGAGUUUAUUCGACAACAUAACUUCGAUGGCUUGGAUCUUGAUUGGGAAUAUCCAACAGACCGAGGCGGCAAGCCCCAAGAUAAAGAAACAUUUGUCUUAUUAGUCAAAGAACUUUCACAAGAAUUCAAGCGUCAUAAUCUACAUCUGAGUUCGGCGUUUGGUGCGUCAAAAAAGACAAUUGAUAUGGCUUACAGCGUUCAUAGAUUGGCGCCUUAUUUGGAUACAAUGCACAUCAUGUGUUAUGAUUAUUUUGGAGCGUGGGAUAAGAAAAUUGGCUUCAAUGCUCCGCUUGAAAACGAUGGUGAAUUGAAUGUAGAAUUCUCAAUCGACUAUUUCCUUAAACUUGGCGCGCCAGCACACAAAUUGAUGAUGGGAUUGCCUUUUUACGGAAGAACUUUUAUCACACAUAAAGACGGUAACAUUGGUGAUGACUCGGACGAACAAGGAUUCCAAGGACCUUACACAAGAGAAAAUGGCUUUAUGGGCUACAAUGAGAUUUGCUCUUCAUUGAGUAAUGUUUCGUCAGAGUGGAAAUCAAAUUGGGACGUUGAGUCAUCUGAGGCGAUUGCGAGAUUGAAAGCGCCGACAGAAACACGUGUUGUGACUUAUGAUUCAACCAGAUCAAUUGCCAAUAAAGUUCGUUAUGCUAUUAAGAAGGGUUUGGGUGGUGUGAUGGUGUGGAGUAUUGACACUGACGAUUUCCAAGGAGAUUGCAAAGAAGAUAUCAAUGACGAUCGCUUCAGUGACUUCCGAACAAAGCCUCAAGUAAAGUUAAACUUUCCAAAAUCGUCAACUAAAACAUAUCCGCUCCUAAGGACAUUAAAUGAUGCCAUUGUGUUGUCAUUAGACGAGAUGACACAGGAACAAAACAUUGAUCUCGAAAACGAAAUUGAAACUGGGGGAGGUGAAAAUGACAGAAUAAAGCCAAGUAAAGGCGAACCUUCCGGAACGACCACAAACGCCUCGAGGGUUUCUUUUAUUUUCGCUUUCUUGUUCUUGUUGUCACUCUACUAAAGAUGCUGUAAAGUAAAUCCCAAACAAUCAUAAAACACCUCAACUUUUUAUUUCUUCUUUUAAAUAUAACUUUUGUCAUUUAUUUUCGCUUCUUAAUUUUUAUUUCUUUAUUCUCAUUCUUAUUCUUUUACGCGAAAAAGAAAAAGUGAAGGAAGAAGAUUUGUAAACAAAGUUAUUUUGUUGUCUAAUGAGAGCAGCCUGCCGGAAACUUUUUAUGUUUCUUUGUUUACAGUUUCCGAAUGGACAGAAUUGCUGCCGGUGUGUAAUAAAAGAGGAUUGAUUUACACUCUUUUCAACUUAUAAAGCGAAUUAAAGAUGUGGAAAAGAAUUUUCUAAAUUUUUCUUUUAUUAUUUUGAAAGACGAAAUAAAUUUUCCGUUUUUUCAUCCUGAUGGUUGACAUUCACAAUAUUUUAUUCUUCCUGAAUUUUAUUUUAAAUGUUUCUUCAUCAUAAAAUUAUUUUAUUUAAUAAUACAGUGAAUGUCAAUGACCUGGAAGAUUCUGGCUUUUCUUUCAGAUAUUUAAAGACGAUAAAGUUUUGAAGCUUCUCUAAUAUCAGAGAUUUUUCUAACAUUUCUUGCUCCAUUAAAUUUUCUGUUUACCAUUAUCAUCAUCAUCAUCAUGAUGGUCGUCGUCGUCGUCGUCGUCAUCAUAUUUGCUAAUACAGCAAUCAGACAAAAGAUAUUUUCUCUGUUUAAUUAGGAAUAUGAAUGAAUUUCUCUCUGUAUUGUCUCUAUGCGUCGUCUAAUUAAUUUUUAUUUUUUUCUCUUUUAGUAUCAUUUAUGCUCUAUAGAUACUCAAAUCUUUCUUCGCUUAUCGCAUUAAUAAAAUUAAAAAAAUAUAUAAAAUACAAGUUUUUCUCUACAUAGUCUACGAAAAUGGAAACUUCUUAUAAGAAUGAACUAAAUUUGAUUAUACGAUCUAUAAGUUGGCUAGCCUGAUUCUUCUUACAAUUUAAUGGAGAUUUUUAAUAAAAUUAAAAGAGAUGCAUUGGUAAAAGGAUCAUUCAAGAUUCAUCUGCGCUUUCCAUGAGAAUUAAAGUCAGAAUUUCUUUUAAAAAAUGAUUUGUCAAAUGUUUAUAUCAUUAAUUCUUCAACAUAAUCUCGAGAAAUAAAUAUGAUUUGAAAAACGUCACUGGAGGUUUUUUCUUUGUCAUUCGUGAUAUUUCACAACAGCAGGACAUUAAGUCACUCAGCCUAGGGAAAUGCAGAUUCUCUUCCAUCGUUUUUUCAUGAGAUAUCUUGCCAAAAGAAUUAUCAUAAAUUUAAUGCUAGAUGAAGGAAGAAGUAGAAAAAAACCUCGACGAGAAAAGAAAGUCGAGAGCUAUGAAAACGCUUUUACGAUAAUGAUAAUUUUUUUGUUCCAUCUUCCGAACUGUAACUUCCUAAUUGCUUUUCCCUUAAUCUCCUUACGACUUCACCGUACGCUCGAGGGUAGAGCGUCAAGAAAAUCUGAGGGGAUACGAAAUUUAAAGCAUUUUCUGUCCCGGAACGAAAUGGUAAUUUAUUAAUUAAUUUGCAUUUCUUAGUGAACAGAGAAACAGAGAAUAAUGUAAUUAAAUUGAAUCAUUGAAAGCGUUUUCAUUAAUGCUAAGAUAUUUUAAGGUAAGAAUACAAAGAAAGAAAGAAAAAAAGUGGAACAAAUAAAUUUUCGCCCAUGUAGUGGGUGAGAGGGAAGACAAAAGUUGCUGUUCUAAGCAUAGCUGAACAUAAAGCUUGGAAAAAAAUUAUUUUCUCUUAUCAAAAUUAAUGAACAGUUUCCAUAAAUAGAUUUUGUUCGGCGUUACAGUCAUGAAAGUUUUAUUUAUGAUCAUGUUUUUCAAUGAAAAUGAGAAGAAUGCUUACAAUGAAAGGAUUCUUCUACUCUUUCAGCAACUUACUUAAAUAAGUUGAGUGUCGAGAACAUUUUGAGAAAGAAUAACAACAUAAAACAUCUGAAUGUGUAAUUUACAUAAAUUGUCUGCGAAAUGAGAAAUAAAAAGAACGAAUUUAUCGCUUUUAUGUUCAUGAUUUAAGCUUUCACUUCGUGAAGCUUAAUAAAGCAAGCGUGUAGAUGUGUCACGUUUGACUGUACACAGAAACAGUUUUCCAGCAGAUGAAGCAAGAAAUAAACUUUUUAACGCUUAUUAAAUUUUAACUAAAUUAUGAACUAAUUAAAAGUUGAUUUAUCAUUUGUGUUUGCCCAUUUGGUUGAGCAUUUUACAAAGCUUUGUCACUUAAAAAAAUAAAUUUCAGGCUAUUGACAUUCAAUGAUUUUCCCUAAAAUGUAAAAUUAUUUUUUUAAUUAUCAUUUAUUUAGUCAAACUUACAUUUAUCAUCAUCAUAUCAUUAAAUAGAAUUUCAUAAUUGAAUGUCAAUGGCCUGAAAUUUAUUAGUGAUCACCAGGGGAUACUUGGACUUCUUUCUAAUUCAUCACUUGUUUUAUCUCUAGCUGCUUCCGACGCGGAACAAGACGAGCUUUAAUUAAAUAAACAAUCCUUCUUAUUCUCUUUAAUCAUAUCUCAUUAAUAUCUGCUGCUUUCUCUUUGAUACUUCUACAACGUUAAGUUCCUUAAUUCUUAAUGUUAUUUAGAUAAAAUAAAAAACAUGGCUACUUAAGACAUUAGCAGCUAAACAUAAAUUUCGUCUCACAUUCGAUGGUCAUUGCCAUUGAGCUCCGACCACUCUUUUUGCUUCUCACUAUUACAACUACUACUAACCACUAUAUUACUAUUAAUUACAUCAUUAUUACAGUCUUGUUUAUACUUAUGUUGGGGACUCUGUGUAUUACUAUUACUCUCUGGAUAGAGAUCAGAGCUAAGAUUUUGAAUAAUUGCACUGAUGUUUGUGCCGAGAUUUUGUCGUUUCGAGGGUGACGCAUUGACGUUUUUUGUUUUGUUAUUUGUAGGCGUACCAUUGUUAGAGUAGUGGAUGGGUGAUGAUUUAUUGUUGCUGUAGCUACUUGAAGAUAUUGAUGACGAUGAAAUGUCAUGAUUGAGUUCGUAAUUCAACGUCAAAGGCGUCGUUUCAAAUUGAUUUGAAUCUUUGAUUGUUUCGUAUUGAGCAUCGUUAGAUAUGAAGAUGUCAUGAAGAUUCUUUGUUGCCCUUCGAUGAGCUUCU